ACACACACACACACACACACUCAGACAGACAGACAGACAGACAGACAGAUAGACAGACGCGAAACUUUUUGAUCAUCACUGGAGUAAUAGGCUUCGCUAAUCGCUUAGCCAAUAACUUUUUGGGCGAAUAUUUGAACCUUGGAUACCCCAAUUCACACCCUUAGGGUCGGUUGCCAGGAUUUGCCGUAGGCGUUUCGUUCUCUAGGAGUGGACCUUAAGAUACCCUGAAAAUUUCAAGUCGCUAGCAUAUCUCCUUCUCGUUGAACAGACACACACACACAGACUGACAAACAGAUAUACACAAGGUCGUUUGCAUAAGCCCGCUGGACAGCUUUUUCAAAGCAGAUGGGCGCGCUGAAAAGAGGGGAAAUUGCGUCUUGUUUCUCAGCUUGCUUGCAGACUGGUGUGGUCUAAUGCAGGUGCAGGAGGGAUCGCGCCACACAGCCCGCAGCGCCAUGCUGCAUGGUCGGGUGUACGAGGUCUCUCGCCUCCUCAAUCAGUUGUUUGGACAUCUCCUGCCUCACUUCCACACCUUGGGGUUGGUCUUACCCGUGGUGAGCAGUGCGGAGGUAAUGCUCGGGCGCGCGGACGCAUUUGCCCUCGCCAUGGUGCCUCUAGUCUUCACGUUUUUCGUGUCGCAGUGUGUGGCCGGGCAACGACUCGAAAAUUCUAGCGAGGGUGUUGGAUGGUCAGCGUACCAGGGUCCAUGGUUGACCGAGAACAGUGUUUCGAGGCGUGCUCGUCUGCUGGUUAUUCAGAGCACUGUUGCACGACCGGCGUCCUUCGGUGUACCAGGGAUAAUUGUGCUCAACCACGCCUCGUGUCAGGGCGCAUUGCGCGUUUGGUUCCAGUACCUGCAGAUCCUCCUCAACAUAAAUGGCCACGCCCAUUAGUGUUUCCCAACGUAGAUCGCAUUCGCGACAAACCGCGGGGAAGUCCCUCCCAAAUUGAAGGUCAAAGUAAAAUGAUGACGGGGUUGUGGUCUUUAAC